AUGGCUCCCAAGGUUGCUAUCGUCUUUUACUCCCUCUAUGGCCACAUCCAGAAGCUGGCCGAGGCUGAGAAGAAGGGUAUCGAGUCUGCCGGUGGUAAGGCCGACAUCUUCCAGAUUGCCGAGACUCUCUCCGACGAAGUCCUGGCCAAGAUGCACGCUCCUCCCAAGUCCUCUUACCCCAUCAUUGAGCCCGCCCAGCUUACCGAGUACGAUGCCGUCCUCUUCGGUAUCCCCACUCGCUAUGGUAACUUCCCUGCUCAGUGGAAAACUUUCUGGGACAAGACUGGUGGCAUCUGGGCUUCUGGUGGCUACUGGGGCAAGUAUGCCGGUCUGUUCGUCUCGACUGGCACCCUCGGUGGUGGACAGGAGUCCACUGCUAUUGCUGCCAUGAGCACUCUCGCUCACCACGGCUUCAUCUACGUUCCUCUGGGCUACAAGACCGCCUUCCCUCUCCUCGCCAACUUGGAGGAGAUCCACGGUGGUAGCGCCUGGGGUGCUGGUACCUUUGCCGGCGCCGACGGUUCCCGCCAGCCCACCGCUCUCGAGCUCGAAAUCGCCGAGAACCAGGGUAAGACUUUCUACGAGAAAGUCGCCAAGGUCAACUUCGCUUGA